AUGCGUUUCUUUAGCCUUCCAGCUGAGCUUCAUUUAGAGAUACUUGCACUCGCAAUACCCGCGAAUACAACCCUCAAUGUGGUGCAUGAGCUGACGACGGAAGCACAAGAGGGUCUAGCUAACACCCAGCAACGUCCAGUAUACCGAAACGACGUCGUUACGAAGAUUGGAUGCUACAGUGGUACUGGACACGUACGUGAGCUAUACACGGCCGCCUAUCGACUUUCCUGGGAACCUAGCUGGGUUCCUGAGCUCACGUUUGUGAGCAAAACAUUCACGCCUCUUGUUCGGUCGCUACUCAGCAAGACUGUGCAGAUUCGUGUCUCGGAACAGUCAGUUCGAGAGCCUGCCACCAGCGGUGUUGGUAUGCUCUCCAUUUUCGACCGUCGUAUUGAAAAUAAGGUUCCCUGGGCUGGGCAGCUGCCGAAUAUCAGACUUGGAGGCCUUCCCACCUGGAUCACGUUGCGCGCAAGAACAUUGGUGAUCGAGGCCCUGGAGCCAGAGCGAGCAGCCCGCAGCUUGAGCUUCCUCGAGCUCGACCGCUUCGCAAGUCUCCGAGAGGUCACUGUGGGACUGGGAAACGUGGUCUCGGUGUCGGACACUUCAUCAUACACGAGCGAUUUCGACAUGCUCGUGAAGCUGGAGAAUGUUUGCAGUAAGGAUGGUAUCGACAUCCCGGUAUAUCAUUGGAAGGCUCGGUCCGACAUGUCGUUGAACAGGUCACUGCAGCAGGUGCUCCUGGGGGCUGAUCGACAGGAUAAGGAGCCUUCGACGCGAUAUACUCAGACAAUACUGGGGAAGUGA